UUACGCAUGCGCACUGACAGCCCUACUGUCAAAAAUGGCUGUGCUUUGGAAGCAGGAAAAAUGCUGAAUUGUGUUGGCACAGCUCGGGAAAAGCGGCAGACAUGGCAAGAUUGGCUGAUUACUUUGUUGUUGUGGGAUACGAUCAGGAAAAAGCCGGUUCAGGAGAGGGAUGUGGCAAGAUCAUUCAGCGAUUCCCCAAGAAGGACUGGGAGGGGACAGCCUUCCCUCAGGGGGUGGAGAUGUUCUGCCAGCCGGGAGGUUGGAAGCUGUCCAGAGAGAGAAAAGCACCCACUUUCUUCACUGUCGUGCUGACGGAUAUUGAAUCAGACAGACACUACUGCUCCUGCCUCACUUUUUAUGAGGCUGAGGUCAAUCUACAGGGAUCUAAAAGUAUUGAGGUUGACGAAGAUGAAGAUGAAGAGGUGGAAGAAGAUUGCUUGAUCCAGCCAGCUCAAGUGUUUGCACCAAAAAGUCUCAUCCUUGUGUCCAGAUUGGAUCAUCCAGAAAUAUUCAGGGGUUGUUUGGGACUGAUCUACACCGUGCACAUCGAUAGCCUUACAUUCCCUUUAGAGGGUUUGGUGGCCAAUCUGUUUAUAUUCCAGGUUCCUCUGGCUGGUGGAUCCCAGAAGCUGUUUAGCCUGGGAGCAGGCGACCGGCAGCUAAUCCAAACUCCUCUGAAUGACACAUUACCUGUCACAUGCAAGAGUGUUGCUCUGCUCUUCCAGCAGCUAGGAAUUCAAAAUGUUUUGAGUCUGUUUUGUGCGAUUCUGACUGAGCACAAAGUUUUGUUCCACUCCACAAGUUACCAGAGGCUUGGGGAGGCGUGUCGCGCAUUGGAAGCUCUUAUGUUUCCCCUCAAGUACAGUUAUCCCUACAUCCCUAUCCUGCCUUCACGCCUACUGGAGGUGCUGAGCUCGCCGACACCCUUUAUCAUUGGCGUGCACUCCAUGUUUCAGAGUGAAAUCCAGGAUCUGUUGGAUGUCAUUAUCGCGGACCUUGAUGGAGGCACAAUCAAAAUCCCAGAGUGUAUCCACUUGUCUCUACUUCCGGAACCUCUGCUCAGCCAAACACAGGCGGCUUUGUCACUGGUAUUGCAUCCUGAUCUAGAGAUUGCAGACAAUGCGUUCCCUCCACCUCGCGCUGCACCCUCCAACCUCAAAUUGUUGGACAAAGAGGUGAGGGCUGUCUUUCUCAGGCUGUUUGCACAACUCUUCCAGGGCUACAGGUCCUGCCUGCAGCUCAUUCGUAUCCAUUCUGAAACUGUGAUUCACUUUCACAAGACUGCCUUUCUAGGCCAGCGAGGCCUCAUUGAGAACGAUUUCAUCACCAAGGUCUUGGAUGGCAUGGCCUUCGCUGGGUUUGUCUCUGAGCGUGGGCCGCCUUAUCGAGCUUGUGAUCUCUUUGAUGAGCUGGUGGCCUUAGACAUUGAGAAAUUUAGGGAAGAAGAUCUCAACGCUCCGAAGCUGCAGAGACGCAUCAGGGAACUCUCGGAGCAGCUUUACAGAAAUGAGAUUCCGAACCCCCACUUGGCAUUCCAGAAAGUGCCUAGGCCAUCAGAGGGAUCACAUCUUCGGGUGCACCAGGUACCCUUCCCCCUGUUGUGUGACGAUCAAGUGGAGAAGCUGCUGCAGGAGGGUGUGGCCAAAAGCAUCAAUGCCCCUCCAUCAACACGGCCUGAGAAGAAGUGUGUUGUACCUGCUGGUCCUCCUGUCGUAUCCAUUAUGGGAAAGACAGGCUCUGUGUUUAACAGUGCUCGCAGGCUUGAGGUAGUGAGGAGUUGCAUAGCCUUCAUCUUUGAAAACAAGAUCCUCGAGACUGAAAAGACUCUCCCUGCUGCUCUGCGGGCACUCAAAGGCAAAGCCGCUCGCCAGUGUCUGACUGAGGAGCUAAGUCUUCACGUCCAGCAAAAUCGGGCCAUACUGGACCACCAACAGUUUGACUACAUCAUUCGGAUGAUGAAUUGUGCCCUGCAGGACUGUUCCAGCUCAGAGGAGUACACUGUGGCUGCCGCACUGCUGCCACUGUCAACAGCUUUUUACAGAAAACUGGUUGCUGGGGUGAACCAAUUUGCCUAUACCUGCAUCCAGGACCACUCCAUCUGGACCAGCCAGCAGUUUUGGGAGGCCACUUUCUACAGCGAAGUCCAGAGCCAGAUCCGAGCCUUGUAUCUCAACAGCCCAGAGGAGAAGUGGGGCUUCCUUGCCAGACUAAAGGAUGUGGGCAUAGCGCCUGCAAAAGGCGAGGAGCAGACAGCAAUGGACCUAGCUGCCGAGCAGCUGCGCUUGUGGCCAAGCCUGAAUAAAGAGAAGCAGCAGGAGCUGGUGAAGAACGAGGAGAGUACCAUUUUCAGUCAGGCCAUCCAUUACGCCAGCCUCAUGGUAUAUCUGCUAGUUCCUUUGGAUACCAGCAAGAACAAACUGCUUCGCAACACGCCCGCAGCUGACUGGGAGAGCGGCAGCAACAGCAUCGUCACCAACAGCAUCGCCGGCAGCGUUGCUGAGAGCUUCGACACAGAAAGCGGUUUUGAGGAUUCGGAGAAUAGCGACGUGGCCAACUCGGUGGUCAGGUUUGUGGCUCGCUUCAUUGACAAGGUGUGCACCGAGAGCGGAGUAACCCAGGAACACAUCAAGAACCUCCACAGCAUGAUCCCUGGCAUCGUCGCCAUGCAGAUGGAGGCUCUGGAAGCAGUUCACAGGGAGAGCAGGAGAUUACCGCCCAUUCAGAAGCCAAAAAUUCUACGCCCAGCACUGCUUCCUGGGGAGGAGUUUGUGACCGAGGGGCUGAGGGUGCUUUUGGAUCCUGAUGGCAGAGAAGAAGCUACUGGGGGGCUGCUGGGAGGCCCACAUAUCCUACCAGCAGAGGGAGCACUCUUCCUCACCACAUACCGCAUCAUCUUCAAAGGCAUUCCACACGACCCCCUGGUGGGGGAGCAAGCAGUGAUCCGAGCUUUCCCAAUGUCAACCUUGACUAAGGAGAAGAAGAUCAGCAUCCAGAACCAGCUGCAGCAGAACAUGCAGGAGGGGCUCCAGCUCCGUUCUGCAUCCUUUCAGUUGAUAAAGGUGGCUUUCGACGAAGAGGUGAGCUCGGAGAUGGUGGAGAUGUUCAGGAAGCACAUACAGCGGAUCCGCUACCCACAAUCCAUCUUCAGCUCCUUUGCAUUUGCUGCAGGGCAAACUCAACUUCAACUUAUCCUUCCAAAGCAAAAAGAAAGGAACACUGGCUUUAGAACACUAUCCAAAACUAUUGUCAAGGGAGCCAAAAGAGCCAGUAAGAUCACAAUGGGCCGUGGUAGCCAGACCACACUGAAGAGGAAUGACAGAGGCAGCAGAAUGACUUGGCACGAAGAUGAUGAUGUAUCAAUAUCAGAUGAUGGGGAACCACCACCUUGCAGCACUUUAAGAGCAUCUGAGAAGUCCACCAUGGAGCAACUGGUGGAGCAGUCCUGUUUCCGUGACUACCAGCGGAUGGGCCUCGGUACUAUCACAGCCAGCUCAUCUCGCUCCAAGUCGGGCGACCAGUUUAGGAUCACGGCUGUGAAUAGGCUUUAUUCACUUUGCCGCAGUUAUCCGGGUCUACUGGUGGUUCCCCAGGCCAUUCAAGACAGCAGUUUACACAAAGUGGCGCGAUGUUACCGGCACAACCGUCUUCCUGUUGUGUGUUGGAAACAUCCUCGCACUAAAGCUGUGCUGCUGCGCUCAGGAGGCUUCCACGGCAAAAGUGUGGUGGGAUUGUUUAAGUCACAGAAUCCCUCUUCAACAACGCCUGCAUCGUCCUCCGAGUCAUCCAGUAGCCUUGAACAAGAAAAGUAUCUGCAAGCCAUCCUUGACUCCAUUCCCAUUCACUUCAAGAUGAACGGCCAUAGCACCCUGUCGAACCGCUCCAUCGUAGGCCUCUCGCCAGGGAGCGAAAGGAGAACAUCCAGAAUGCCAAAGAUGGCUCCCGUCCAUUUAGACAUUCCCUUUUCAAGCAGCUUUACCAGAGGAGUGCUUGAGUACAGAGAUAAACUAUUCACUCACGCAAACCCAAAACCUACCAAUAAGGAGAGAAUCCACAACCAAGGCAUGUGGGCCAGUCUGCGCUCCAGCAGUAGGCUCAGCCAGCACCCACCCGCAGUGGAUGUGGGCGCCAGACUAGCAGGGAAGGAUUUGGCGCCCCCUGCAGGGAGUAACAGUCUACAAGCACAGCUACUCAAACAGCAAGCCGCGUUUUAUGUGUUCGGUGAAAAGUCACAUUUGAGGGGCCUCAGGGUUGACACCUCUCUGAACUGUGAACUGGUGCCGGUGGACUUUGCGGACAUGCGGCAAGUGAAAAGCUCCUUUAAGAAGCUGUUGAGGGCGUGCGCUCCCAGUGCCAACUCCUCCGACUCUGAAGACUCUUUCCUCAAAGUCUUGGAGGACUCGGAAUGGAUCCUGCAGCUUCACAAGAUCCUGCAGCUGGCUCUCAUUCUAGUGGAGCUUCUGGACAGCGGCUCAUCUGUGCUUCUCAGUCUGGAGGACGGCUGGGACAUCACCACACAAGUGGUGUCUUUAGUGCAGCUACUGAGCGACCCUUUCUACCGCACUCUGGAGGGCUUCCAGGUGCUGCUGGACAAAGAGUGGCUCUCCUUUGGCCACAAGUUUAGCCAACGAAGCAAUCUGAGUCCCAGCAGUCAGGGCAGCGGCGUCACGCCCAUCUUUCUGCAGUUCCUGGACUGUGUGCACCAGAUUUUAAUGCAGCAUCCUGCGGAGUUUGAGUUUAAUCAGUACUAUCUCAAGUUCCUGGCCUAUCACCACAUCUCCAACCGCUUCAAGAACUUCCUGUUGGACUCUGACUACGAGCGCUUGGAACAUGGGUUGUUAUUUGACGAUAAGGGUGACAAGCAGGCGAGGAAAGGCAUCUGCAUCUGGGAGUGCAUCAACAGGAUGCAUCGGCGCAGUCCAAUCUUCUUCAACUAUCUCUACAAUGCAUCAGAGAGCGAAAGCAUCCUCAAACCUUCGGUGGCCAUCCCCACCCUAACUAAAUGGGACUUCUUCACUGACGAGACGCUUUCGACGGGGCCGUGUUACGACUGGAGACUGAUGGCGACGAGGUCCGACAGCUCUGAGGAGCCCCACACCAUCUCCAGCAGCAAGAGGAGAAUCGUGUGGCCUUGCUACAGUAGCGUGAGCCGUGCUCAGCCCGACGCCAUCACCAAGCUGCUCGCUGACAUUGAGAAGCUGGAGGGAGAGCUUAACCAGACCCCCGAGAGAUGGCAAACCACUCUGGACCGAGUCCUCAUUAGUAUCCAGGAAGACCUUAAACAAGAAGCAAGUCUCUGCAAGCAGUCGCUGUCCAUUUCUGGCCUCAUUCCCACAUCCAGCCUGCAGGCUCUCCAGCGCCGCUCCAUGCUGCACCUGCCUGACAGCAGCCUUGCGGAGGACCACGGCACGGCCACGUCCAACGGGAUCAACCGCCGCGCUGCCACGCUUUACAACCAGUUCACCCCCAAGAGUGAGGAGAACAGGUCGUACGAGGGUGUCCUGUACAAACGUGGAGCCCUGCUGAAAGGUUGGAAGCCUCGCUGGUUCGUGCUGGACAUCACCAAGCACCAGAUGAGGUACUACGACACUGGCGAGGACAACAACUGUCGAGGUCACAUCGAGCUGGCGGAGGUGGAGUCGGUGCUCUUCGCUGCCCCGACCACAGGCGCUCCCAAACACAUCAGUGAAAAGGCUUUUUUUGACUUGAAGACCACCAAGAGAGUGUACAAUUUCUGUGCACCAGACGCAGCCAGCGCUCAGCUGUGGAUGGACAAGAUCCAGAACUGCAUCUCUGACGCAUGAGCCGCACCGCCAAGAGGUCAAGCGAGGUUAUCCGUGCCACGCCGUGCCGGGUGGGCCAGCGGGCAACAUCAGAGAUGGCUCAUCAUCCCCUCUUUCAGACAUUUUUCUUUUUAGGGACCGCAGCCGCCAGCACAACUCUCCCCUGUACCACCUCCAAGCAAUAUGAUUCGCUGGCCAACAAAAUUGUGGGCGCCUUUUUGUAAGAGAAGAAGUUCUAUUUCCCUACCAGGAGAAGUUACUGCUGCUUCGUGUUUAAUGCACAACAUGCAAGGCAAUUAGUUGCACUUAGGAACCGUAUGCACUCCCGAAGUGAGGCAAAAGCCAUUUUGUUAGCUUUUCCAUUCACACUACAUGUAAGUUGACCUGCAGCCAGGUUACAUGUUCAAUUAAAGAUGAAAGACAAACAACAAUUUGCACAGCCAGUUCAAAAGUUACCUGAUGUUCGUUUUGUAUUUAAAUGUUUUUGUUAAGUGUCCAUCAGGCCGAAUGACGUCGUUUGCGUGGCUUGUAAAUUAUUUUUUUAGGAACCAAUUCUGUGUACUUAUUUGUGUAAAUAUUUGUGAAGCCUUUCUCUCUUGUAAAGCAAACACUUUCUAACUUUCCUGAUGUGACUAAUAAUGUUUUUUUGUUUUUUAAAAGUUACUGGUGCAAAUACCAAUGUGGCCUGUUCCUCUUUGUCAAAGAUGAGUUUUUGUCUUUUUAAAGCUUUUAAUGAAACAAAUAUGUCUUUCACUAUUGCAUCAAAAGAAAAUGAAGCUAUUCAAAGAUAUCAGAAGCGUUGUUACGGUAUAUUUUUACUGUGUACUUGUGCAGACACUAAUUGUUUUUUUCUUUGGGAAAUAAAUCAACUAUACUUGAAAUGCA